AUGACAACGAUGUUCGUCCAACUGCGCCGCGUGGUGUACCUGUUGGUACUUCUGCAGUGCUGUGUGUGUGUGGCAUAUGCGGAAAGUGGUACUAAGGCUGUGACACCCAAGGAAAGUGAUCCUACGGAGAUGCUCAACGAAAUGACUAAGAAGAUGGAAUCCCAGAAACACAGCUUUAAUGAAAAUGUUGCGUUAUUAAUGGGCACAGAGAGUAAUUGUAAAAAAGCUUUGAAUCGUGCUAAGAAGGCAAAGGAUGAGGCGAAUACAGUUAGUGUGCUUAUGAAGCCCUUAUUGGAAGAAAUACGUAAGGAUGAAAACGUGAGUAAGAACGAAAGUGAAUCAAAAGAGUUGUUAAGGAAGGCAGUAGAUGCAGCAAAAGAGGCCGAAGAAGCCGCUAACAACGCGAAGUUGAUGUCUUUCGCAACAACGGAUAUGGUGGAUAUACUACAGAGAGUUACAAUGGAAUUGCACAGCCUGGUGGACGACGUUAAAAAAACUGCUAAAAAACACGCUAAGAAUGAAAAAGUAAGGGAAUUGGCUGAAAAGUGCAUGGAAGAAGCGGAGGGUCUGAAGCAUUCUCUUGACGGUGCCAAAUAUCUCAUUCCAAGUGCCAAGAAGGCGGCGGAGGAAGCCAUGGAACAGAAUGAACCUACCUCCGUUGAAGCAAAACGUCUUCAAGCAUCAAUUAAUGAAGUUUUCCAAAAGUACCCAAAGAUGAAAGAAGAGCUUGAACGAGAACGUAAUGAGGCGGCUCAAACAAACGCCAAUUCAACGAAUACAGGAAGUGAAGGUAAUAAGACACCAAACGAAAAUAAGGAGGUGGAUGGUUCACAUCCAAAUAAAGAGAAUGAAGAAAAUACAAGAAACCCGAAUACCAAUUCCACAGAAGCUGAGACGGGAAGCCAUACAACUGCCCAACAGCAGCGGAAUGAACAGGGCUCUAAGGGGCAAAAUAAUAAGGAAAGCAAAGAUGAGACACAAGAGAAAAAUCAGAAUUCUCAGAGCAAUACUCCGACUGACAGUCAAUCAUCUGCUACUGGAACUUCGCAAACACAAAAUAUGCCAACUGUUUCUCCUUCUUCAGCUCCAAUCUCUGUUAAUAAUACACAGUUAAGUGACAGCAGCAGCAGUCCUGUAUUGGUGCACAGUCCCUUAUCGCUGCUUCUUGUUCUGAUGUGUGUGCUGGGCUGCACUGCGGUGUUCUGA